CGUUGAAUAAUUCUCUGAAAAAAAAAUGUUUUUGCUGAUACUAGUUCUAAUUUUGGUGAUUUUGUUUAAUAUUAUGUCGAAUUUUACCCAGAUAAUUUCUAAACAACUGAGUAAGAAGAUAUACCCUGUAAGUGAUACAGAACUGAACAUAAGAUCACAGAUUAAAGAUCUGAAGACAGAACAAGAUGGGGUACAUAUGGUGGAUGAGUUUGCCAGACAUGCAAAGAUACAGAGGAAAAUUGAUAAAUUGUUAACUCAAGUUAAACAACAAACCUCAGAUAGAAACAACAAAUGUGCUAUGGUUGGUUUUGCAGUACAAAUAGGCAUCUAUGUUUUACAUGCUUUAGUAAUGAUUUCAUUAAUGAUUUCAUACAGACAAGAACCAUUACUACAGUUCCACCCAGAAUGGUUUUAUCCAGUACAGAAAAUAGUAGCAUUUCCCACAGGUGUUUCAGGAGGACUUGGUAUUGGAUGUUGGGUUUUAGUUUGUAAUUCUGUUAUAUACAGAAUAAAAAUGUUUAUAGAAUGAUGUGGUUAGUGCCCCCAAAGACUUGUGUUCAAAGAAUCCAUGUGCCAUUGAUUGUUUUGAGAAGAAAUAUCAUGGUUGAAGAUUUCAGGAAAAAUUGAGUGUAAAUUAUAAGAUUUAUUCUAGUCAGAGACAGGAGGGAUACAUAUGGUUAACUGAGCUGAUAUAUAGAAUGAAUGAGAUUCCAAAAAAUGGAAAUGCCAGAAAGAAACUAUCUGAAAAUACAUAUCAAUAUGAGGUUUUUGUUGUAGAGAAAAUAAUGCAAAGAGUUAUAUUAUCAACAUGUUUUAUUUCUAUUUUAUUCCUAUGGGAUAGGAUUUUAUUUUGACAAUUUUAACAUUGCUGUCAAAUGUAAAUAUGAUUAUCUCCCUUUGACUAUUAUUUAAAAAAUGAACAAAAAUGUAUGUUAGCCAUUGUUAAUUGGUUAAAUAAUCUGAUGUUACUCAGUAAGUUUGUGUCUUGAUAUGAUAUGCAUAUUCGUGUAUUUAUCAACUGUCAGUGGACAUGAAACUUACUCUAUAAAGUUUUGUAGUCUCACCACUGUAGUUGUAGAAACAAUGCAUGCUUUCUGAUUGACAAUGUUUGAAUUCUAUACUCGUUUUGUUAUUGACUAGUUAGAUACAAUUGUUAUUUAUAUAUAAAUGCUUUUAAAUAUAGUAAA